AAUAAUAAUAAUAAUAACAAUAACAAUAAUAAUAACAAUAAUAAUAAUAUUAAUAAUAAUAAUGAUGAUAAUAAUAAUAAUAAUAAUGCAUCAACAUCAUUGGCUGGAAGGGAUGGAUGUGAACCCCCAAGUCCACCGCGACCGCCACCAACACCGCCACCGUCACCACCUAUGGAGAAGGAUGGGGGACCCGUGGCAGGAACAUAUAGCUUUAAGCCAUUGAAUUGGGAAAAGGUAAAUAAGGCAUUAGAAGGAAGCUUGUGGGAGGAAUUGCUAAUACAUGGACAACCUCAAAGGACGCCACCAGAAAUUGAUGUAUCAGAACUUCAGCAACUUUUCUCUAACAGCCCCCCAAAGAUAGCUAAUUCUAAAGAGGCAGAUAAGAGAAAAACUUCUAGUUCAAUGCAUGAAAAAGUCCAACUGAUUGAUAAGUUGAGAGCAAAUAACAUAGAAAUCAUGCUUACAGAGGUUAAUUUACCUCUUCCUCUUAUUGUGGAAGCAGUUUUCGCUAUGGAUGACACGGUCUUAUAUGUUGAUCAAAUCGAAAAUCUUCUAAAAUUAUUCCCGACGAAAGAAGAGACUGAGAUACUAAAGAGUUACAAAGGUGAUCAGGAUAAACUGGGCCAAUGCGAACAGUAUUUCCUGGAGCUAAUGAAGGUGCCGCGUAUGGAGUCAAAGUUAAAUGCUUUGAUGUUCACAUUUCAAUUUGAUUCUCAGCUUGCAGAGUUGAAGAAUAACCUAAACACCGUAAACUCUGCAUGUGAUGAGGUCAGGAAGUCUGUGAAAUUGAAGGAAAUCAUGAAGCGGAUUUUAUAUUUGGGGAAUGCAUUAAAUCAAGGAACCGCUAGAGGUGCUGCAAUUGGUUUCAAGUUGGAUAGCCUUAUGAAACUGACCGAUAUACGUGCAUCAGACAGCGGCCUGACCUUUAUGCAUUAUCUCUGCAAGCUUCUUGCCAACAAAUCACCAGAUCUUUUAGAUUUCCAUGAAGAUUUAGUUAGCCUAGAAGCUGCAACAAAGAUACAUUUGAAAAAUGUAGCAGAACAAAUGCUAGCGGUUUCCUGUGGACUGAAAACAGCCAAGCAAGAACUAGAUGCAUCUGCCAAUGAUGGCCCCGUAUCUACAGGUUUUCACUUGGGUAAAAGUGCUGAUGGGUUGGCCCUGUAUUUUGGUGAAGACCCUGCCCGUUGCCCUUUCGAACAAGGUAACUUGCAUAUAGUUAUUUCGAACAAGGGUAAAAGUACUGAUGGGUUGGCCCUGUAUGAAUUAGUCAAUUCAAGUGUUACUUUAUCUCUUACAAGUCAAAUGAGAAAAAAAGAUUAA